CCAGCGAGCAGGGAAGGGCUGUCGUUUCCUGUCAGAGGAGAUACAUAGUCGAGUUUGUAACUUAUACUUCUUUGUGCAAGAGAGAGAGACUGAGGCAUGGAACACCGAGAUAGGCGAGCAAAACUACAGCAAAGUGCGAACGAGAGAGAAAUGAGAGAGUGUGAAGGAGGAGAGCUGUUGUUUUCUAUUUGAACAGGACAAAGAUUACUGAGGAACUGAAAACAAAACAAACGUACCGAGUACCGUUAUAACGCACAGUUCAUUGUCCUUGGAGUGGUGACAGUAUACCGGCAGGAAUCGUUGUUCAACUAAAGUCAAAACUGGCUACAAAAGAAACCUGGAAUACAAUGAAAUAAUAUCUUGAGAAAACUGUUAAUCAGGGAUUGGAAAGUGGUGAUGACAAGUAACGUACCACCUCAGUUUGCAUUACAUCUGUCAGUGCGCACGGCAAUGCACUUUCCUUCCGAGACCUACACGCAGGGAGCUGUGAAACUCCCUUUCCAGACAGGUUUCCGUCAGCCCUAAAACGGGACUGUUGGAAGACUAUUGUUGCCUAUUUGCCCCGAGUCGAGUGCCAUGUGAGUAGAUCACGGGCAGAAACACAAACCUGAGACUGCACCAGUAGCGCUACGAUCUUGCUUGUGUUUGACGACGAAUAUAUUAUUAUUAAUAUUAUUAUUAUUAUUAUUAUUAUUAUUAUUAUUAUUAUUAUUAUUUAACCGAUAAACUUGGUGCUUUAUAAUGUGUUUUUAAUGUAGCUGCUUGCAUGAGUGCUUGAAUAGUGUAAGGAUCACGUGACAGAUAUAUAAGCAGAAACGGUUUAAGACUGUUAGUGUAUGAGACUUGACUAAUACAGGCAAAAUCAGAGGUUAGAAAUGUUCAACUGUAGUGAAAUAACGAUGUUGCAGAGUCUAAGACAUUGAGACAUGAUCUAUUGUAGUAUUGGAAUCCUUCUGCUCAUAAUAACUCACUUUCAAUAUUUAAUCAACACAGUAGAUUUAUCUGCGUAAAUAAUUAAUUUAAAACAUUAAGGACAUUUCUAAGAGGGUGGAAGAAAUGUUUCGAAGGACUGAAGAUAUAUCUAAGCUGUAAAUUGCCUUUUUUAAAUGUCUGAAUUAAAACUACAUCUAGCUGGUCCUGGUGAUUUUAUAUAGCACUGAGCAAAUACAUUUUCUCAGAGUUUGAAUGAGGCUUUCCUGUUUCAGUUGUAAUAAACGGGCUCGUUGUUUCACCGAAUUGGCCGCGGUAAUGUAAGCACGUUUGUUUUCUGACUGUAAAAUGAAACGCAAACCGCUUCGCCUCCUGACAGAUCACAACUGGCAUUGUUCAUAGAACUGUGUUUCUUUCUCAUUUGACGAUGAGAAAAUGUAUAGUUAUCAAUUAAACUAUAACAUUGAUUAUGGUGGUCAAUGCACCUAUAACGUAUUAAAUUCAAUGAUAUAUUUAUUAUUGUGCUGAGUGAAACAGACGCGUUUCUUAACCUGGGGAUGUCGGUUAACACGCAAGUAAAUAAUAAUAACCACUAAAGAAUUAGGUGUCUGGUUUAUUUGGUAAUCGUGGGCUCUGCUAUUUUUAAACCUUGUGUUAGCAGAGCGCGUUAACAAUACACCCCCCUUCCUGCGAGUGUGUGUGGGGCACCUUGGUGCUUUCAUUUCAGCUGCCGAGUCCACAGACUAACUUUAUUCAGGCGGGUACUGAUUUGGCAGUUAUCGUUUGCUUAUUUGGGACUCUAUAUACAUUUUUAAUUAGCAGCUCAAAACGUGUAUGUGCGCUACUGUGGCAGCAACCCCACGGUCAUUUAGUAAAACACAGCGGGGCUGUUGUGUGCUGGAGAUGCCCUUUGUCGUGGGAUGGGUGGAGGGGCAGACGGAGUCACAUUAGGACGCACGGAGAGACACAAAGCAAACAGUAAAUGAAGGACCCCAGUACUUCUCAGAAUCUGGGAACAGUGUGGGCGCGUCAAGUAGACAAUUGUUCUGAGAUAUGGAGUGAAAUCACAAGCAAGCAAAUAAGUAGCAUAUUGUAAUGCACAGGAAGGGGAGGUUUCCCCCAGCCGAGCACUGAUAAAGUCGAAGAAGUUCUUGGAGAGAGCAUCGUGCGUUACCACAGUGCGUGCUUGCAAGCGAACAGAACGAUGAACAGAAGGCACAAGAAACAGGAAAACACUGCUGCUGCCUGGACACUCCUAGAAAGCAUCUUUUGUCUUCAAUUUAUGUGUUUUGUUUAAAGUUAAUUGAAUGACCAGUGAGUUUUUGUGCAUCUGAAAAGAAGUGAGUACGUGGACUGAAUUAUAUAUAAAAUAAAUUAUAAAUCUGGUUGAUUGAUCAGUUUUAAGAAAAAAAUUGAACUCUUAAACCACCAUCAAAUGUGUUAUGCACUUUUAAUUAAGAAUCUCGAAGAAUAAACUCAUUUGUGGGUCAGAAAUAAACCCAAACCCGGGAUUCCUUCUCUUUUAUUACUUGGAUUUAUCUUCGUGGAAUGCCAAUUGAAAAAUUCGCUGACAUGGAGGAGAAACUGCGAAUCCUUGAGGAUUUAAAUAUGAUCUACAUCCGCCAGAUCGCACUCAGCUUACAGGACAGCGAUAUCCAGAAGAAGAUCGACUAUGAGAUCCGCAUGCGGGACGGGGCGUGCAAGCUGCUGGCUGCCUGCUCGCAGAGGGAGCAGGCCCUGGAGGCUGCUAAGAGCCUGGUGACCUGCAACGCGCGCAUCAUGGCGUACAUGGCGGAGCUGCAGAAGAUGAAGGAGGCCCAGGUGAUGCAGAGGAUGGCCCGCAGGCCCUCGGACUCUAGCCCCAUAGAUGACCGGCUGCCCUGCAAAGGGAAGGUUGCAAUCUCAGAUCUCCGAAUCCCUCUGAUGUGGAAGGACACGGAGUACUUUAAGAACAAAGGAGACCUGCACCGCUGCGCUGUCUUCUGUCUGCUGCAGGUGGGAGCUGAGAUCUACGACACAGACAUGGUGAUGGUGGACCGAACGCUUACAGAUAUCUGCUUUGAAAACGGCAUCGUCUUUAGUGAGGCGGGCCCUGGGUUUCAGUUGAAGCUCGACCUGUACAGCUGCUGCACGGAGGAGGAAUUCUCGAUGGGCAGCACACCCAAGAAGCUGGCGAGCAAGCUGAGCAGCUCCCUGGGGCGCUCGUCAGGGAAGAAGGUGCGGGCCACGCUGGACCCCGGGGGGAGCAGUCCGGUCAGCAAUGGGGGGGGCAGCCCUCUGCUCCUCCCUGCACCCACCGUGCCUGGUCCGAAGUACCACCUCCUCGCUCACACCACACUGACCCUCACCAGUGUCCAGGACAGCUUCCGAACGCAUGACCUCACCAUCUCCGGCAACGAGGAGAGCUCCUUCUGGCUGCCUCUCUAUGGCAGUGUGUGCUGUCGUCUGGCCGCCCAGCCCUUGUGUAUGACCCAGCAGAUGAUGGCCGGCUGCCUCAAGUUCAAGCAACAGGUGGGAGAUAAUCCAAACUGGACAAAGAUCUACGGCGUCUUGAAGGGAACAAACCUCUUCUGCUACAACCGAGCGGAGGACGUAGAGGCCAAAGUAGAGCCCGCCUUCACCAUCGCCAUCAACAAGGAGACGCGGAUCCGUGCAACGGACAAGGACCUCCAGAGCGGGGUGCAGAGCAUCUCCAUCACAAACCGGUACGGGGGCGAGGAGGUCAUGCACACCCUGGUGGCAGAGAAUCACGAUGACACCCAGCGAUGGAUGCAGGCCUUCUGGCAGCAGUUCUACGACAUGAGUCUGUGGAAGCAGUGCUGCGAUGACCUCAUGAAGAUUGAGAUGCCUUUGCCACGGAAACCCCCGGCAACGAUAUCCAAGCAGGGCUCCCUGUACCACGAGAUGGUUAUUGAUCCCUCCGACGAUAUUGGCACCGUCACGGACAUCCUGACCAGACGGGUUCAGGACUUCGACGCUCGUCGCAACCUGGAGCCUCCCCCUCACUGGGUGGCACUGUUCGACGGGCCCCACCAUAGGCGCCACAUCGUCCCCUCCUCCUCGGACAGUGACAGCGCCUACAGCACCAGCCCCUGCUCCCACCAUCGGCCUUGGCGAGCACGCCCCCGCACCCUUUCCCUUGACGCCAAGCUGAGCAGCCUGAAGAGCCGGGGGCAGGCCUGCAGCGAGCCCCCCGCCCGCCCUCUCGUGGGGCUGUCCUGCACCAACUCCACCUCCACCUCCAGCAGCAGUUCCAGCGAGGGCAGCUCCACCCCCGAGUUUGACAGCGCCCCCUUCUCUCGGCCCUCGCCCGCCCGCCAGAGCCUGCGCAACCUCCGCGCCAAGCUGGACCCCAGGAGCUGACUGCAGACCCCGGUCUAGCCCCUCUGUGAUCCAGGCUGGGGGUUUGAGCUAUCCACAUGACCACAGCCUGCCUGGUUUAGUGUGUGAGACUACCAGAACCACUCGCUUUCAGCCCCCCGCCCCGCGGCCGCGUUUGUUUUAUUCACUGUGCUUUCAGCUACUGGAUUGCAAAUACCUCGUUUCCUGAAGGGCUACACUGCAAAUAUCAGGUUUUAUUUUUUACUUUUUGUUAUUUUUUUCUCAUAUUGCUAUGAUUUUAAAUAUGCAACUGAAAUGACCUUCACCAAGCCAACAUUGGGGAUUUGGGAACACAACUGGAAGAAACGUCAUUAUGUUACAUGAUCAUGAGGGGGGGGUGUCAUAAAAAUGAACCCUGACAGACGAGAGGAAAGUUCUUACCCCUGGGAUCCAUAACCCCACUGAAGCAACACACAGUACAAAAACCAUGACCCGUUCGCUGUCCGAUCCCCAAGAUCAUGCUCCAGAUCCUUUUUUAACAGUGGGGUCUUUAAUUUGCAUCCGUCUUGUUUCCAGGGAUUGGUGAGGUCAGGACUUCCCUGUAAACUGGCCCAGACCUGUAACCUUCCUGGGGUCUGUCCAAUUGAUCUAAAUACUGAGCGGUUUAAACACCACCACUGUUUAAAUAUUGCAUUACCUGUCAAUUUACUUACACAAAAGUACAUUUUUGUAGUUCCAGGCCCGGCAGUGGCGUAGUCGCCACUAGGGUAUGCAUAGAUGCCCAGUAGAUUACGUGCAUGUGAGUUGUGGUGGUCGUGCAGAAUUGGGAGGUAAAUGUUAAUCGAAAGACAUUCUGCCCUUCCUUAAAUGCGCCUGAGUCACUUUAUAUAAUAAAUUGGAAUAUGCCUUGGCUUUAACCUUCAUAUAGCCAGGAUUUGCUUUAUCACAGGACAGAGGAGUGAGUAAACCCUUUAUUCAUUAAAUGAGAAGCGGGUGAACGCCAUUUUACCAUCCACAGUUUUAGAUCAGCUGGAUAGACCCUCAAGUCUGCUCAAAAGGCUACUGUGUUUAAACACACACCCAGUCUGGCCACUGUUCCUAGUGGGACAACUGAUUCAGGUUCUGGGUGUGGAGAUGCAGGUCAUGGUCUUGCCCAAUCAACCUGUUAAAGGCAGGAGAGCUGGAGCACCAAUCCGAACAGAGUCAUAUAGACAUACAGCAGAGGAAGGGUAUUCGUAUAAUAUAAGAAGGGGGUGGAAAGCAAGGAGAAACCUAGAGGACACCAUCCUGCCUUUUAUUGUCAUUUUCAGUUGGAUCAGAAAUGAGAGUGGGGGUAGCAGAGCAAAACAGAAGAAGAUUGUUCCAUUAAAUAUACUGCAAGAACAGUAUGUGCAGUGUUCAAAUAAGCCAUGUAAAUAUCUGUAUAUGUGUACAUCUUAUAUAUCAGAAAUAUAUAUUACUUAUUCUGUGUAUAAUCUUCAUUUCUACAUUCAGUAAUAACCAUGGGUGCUACUCCUAAUAUUCGAACACUGGCUGUUAAUUCACUUGUAACUUUGUUAAACAGGUCACGCCUUCAGUUUCCCCAUUUUAAAAGACUAAAAAAAAGCUUUAAAAAAUCUAAUACAAUAAUAAAAUACACAUAUGCUAUAAUGUUGUGUAUAUAUUGAAAGCUCUUGUGUAACAGCAGUGCUGUGUGGUGCACUGCCGUUCUGGAUUGUGUUCCCUGUCCGUGAGAUGAGGUUAAAAGCGCAUGUCCCGUAUACAGUAGACGCUGCAUGAAACAGCACAUACCUGAUAUGUGGAAUACUCCCAUGGUUUCUACUCCUGACAAGCUUUGCUAUGAGCUCAACCAGAUAUCUCGGUAUAGGGAAGUGGUUAUGUUGAAAUGUAUUUUCACAAGUUUAGCAUUUAUAGUGCCAUUUGUUUUGACCUGUUUUUUGUGAUUGAGGUAUGUACUCCAAUGCAGUGUUGUGUCCCUGCUUCUCUUAUUUGAAUUCUCACUGUAAAUCUGUGCCACUUGUUUGACGAGCUGAGUUUACUAAACAGGAAGUAUUUAAUGCUGAAACACAGCAUAAGCCGCUGUAAAGUUUUGUAAUUUAACUUUUUUUUUGUGGAGAGCUUGUUAAAACUGUUUAGCAUUAUCGAUUUUUCUUAAAGACCGCUAUAUUGAUGUAUAAUUUUAACAGAAGAAUACAGAUUUGGCAACUGAACUGAAACAGGCAGGUGGAGCUCAUUUUGUUAACUAGACAUACAUGUAUGCAUGCCCAAAAAGAUGCAUCAGCAAUAACAUCAUCAGAAAUAAAAAUGUAACAUAAAAUAUUUAACUUUUUAUGUCUGGAAAAAAAAUAAACCCAAUAAAAAUGCUUUGUGAA